CACACACACACACAUCUCCUCCCAAUGCAAACCUGCAAAUGCCAUGGACACUUACGCAAGGUCUCCUCUCGCUCAGCGCAGAGCCAUUUACUGUGCAUCCACUGUGUCUCCCAACUGGCCAACAUCAAGCCAAACCCCAACCCACAGGCUCCCCAACACCACCAGCACCAACAGCAGCAGCAACAACAAGGAUGAGGAGGAUGAUGAUGAGAAGGCUCGUUGAUGCUGCCCAACUCACCAUGUUGCUCAUCACCGGGGUCUCUCUGGCUUGCUACCCGUCUCCCAGCCCCCAGUCCUGGCAGGACCAAGCCCACAGGUCGGCAGUGGUCAUCGAAGGCAAAGUGCAGUCUAUGUCCAUCCCCAACAACAACAGCCCUACGGAUAAGAACAGCAAUAGUCAACACAACCACCAUCACCACAACGGCAGUGAGCCCUACAGCGUUAGCGUCAAGGUGUUGGAUGUGUGGCCAGUCAACAGCGCUGGACUCCAGAGGAAUCAGCUCAUCACCAUCGGGGAUUUUGGCUCCGAGGCACCGUGUGUCCAAGUGAAGAAAAACCAGAAAUACAUCUUUUUCAUGAACCUCACCGACCAGCCUUUGGUCUUCAAGACCUCCUUCGCCCCUCUCGACUCCUCCAGUGGGAAGAACCUGAAAAAGGAUGUGGAGAAAAUCCUGUGUCAGAAUUGCGAGCCUGACGUACACGGAUACACUGUGCUCUGCUUAAUCUCAUUGCGUGACCUUGGAUGAGGUGAAUGGCGUAGCUCUGUGGAAAACAAAGGCUAACCGCACAGCAACUG